AUGGCAAUAAUAACAAUAAUAAGAGCGGUAAGUGGUUACCUAUCGAAUUAUAUAACGGGCGAGACCCAGCAAGGUUCAGACUCGUGCCCCUGGGUCAUAAGAGGUCAACCGGGCUCAAAGUUCAAGUUCACCUUGAUGGAUUACGCCGUGAUUGAUGGCGGUCCUGUAAAAAGUGGCGUGUGUAGUAUUUACGGAAAGAUAAAUGAGACUCUAAUAUGUGGUGGAGAGCACAGAAGUCACGUGAUUUUUACGUCAAUUGAUGACGUCGUCAGAGUUGAAAUUUCCAAUCCUCGUCCCGUUAAAGAACCCCCUUAUUUCCUUUUCAAAUAUGAAAACAUGCUAGCCCCAUCUGGUUCAGUUUUCUUGGAGAAGCAACCGGACAAACUAGUUUUAUUUUGUCGCCAUGAUAGUAACAACGACAACAAUCACCACAAUAAUUAUCAUAAUAAUAAAAAUAAUUAUGACGUCAACAACUAUAAUAACGAUUUCAUUAUUAAUCGCGGAUCGGCUGGUAGAAAUGUAUUAAACGGUAGUCUAAAAAUCGUCAGCAGCAAUAGCAAUGACGCCGAUGAUGACGUCAUUGGCGAAUAUAAAAAUAAGAAUAAGAAUAACAAUUUGUGGACGUUGACUUGUGUCGGUAGCAAAUGGAUCGGUAAAGUACCGAACUGUACACAUCAAGAUGACGUAGGAGGGAUGGGCGGUUCCUGGGGUCUUACCGGUCAAAUAUUUGGAUCGAGUGGUCAAGUUUCUAGAAAUAUAAUCGCUUUCUUCAUCGCCGUCAUAGCGUUGUUAGUGGCUGUCGUCAUCGUCGUCAUCGGGGUCUUUUCAAUUGCUAGGUCACGGAAAAAAUCGCGAGAAGAGCGCCGGCGACGAGACGUUCGCGAAAAAGUUCUCGGUGUGACGUCAUCAUCGUCAAGCGCCAUCUUGGAUUCACUUGUAGUUCAAGGUCAACUGAACAGCAACAGCAUGGCCAACAGCAGCAUCCAACAUCUCCAGCAACUGCCACCUCCUCCAUAUCACGAACGCAAUACCAUGACGAACGCACAGCGCGAGAAGGAUUAUCGGUAUCACGCGCUCAGCAAACUCGUUUCGGAGGCUGAUUUUGAUUCGGCGAAAGUUUCAAAUCUGAUGCCACCGAAAAAAAGUCACAUCGCCAUGAAAGUUGCCGGAAGUUACGUCAUGCCACCUCCGCCGUCUUCUUCGUCGUCUUCUCACGUUUCCUGUUCCUCUCAUCCACUUCCGCCUGCUAGUGCAAUUCAGAAAAAUAUUCUCAACAACAUCAACAACAACAACAUCAACAACAACAACAUCAACAACAGCAACAUCAACAACAGCAGCAAUCUUACAGAUGAGCUAUCAAACGUGGAUGCAAGUGAUGGUGGUGGCUCCUUGCUGGUUCUCAACUUCAACAGACCCUUACAACAACUAUUUCCGCAACAGCAACAACAACUUUUCCAACAACAACAAUUUCAGCAACAAUAUCCAACAAAACAGUUGUAUCAACAUUCCCAAUUCUUACCUCUGACGCAGCAGCAGCAGCAGCCACAAGAGCAGCAACAGCAGCCGCUGCAACAACAGUACGACGAACAUAUAUACGAAAGUCCAAAAUUUUUACACAAAUCUUACAUGGACGUACACUCAACUAGCAACGAAUGA